CCUCAUUCUCUCCUCUCCUCUUUUUUUGCUUUUGUUUUGUUUUAUUUAUCUUUUUGAUCUGGUCACUUUGUUUAUAUUCUUUUAUUAUAGCCUCCCACUAGCCAUGCCUUUGCGUAUCGAUCCGCCAGCUGGCACCCACGUAAACCUCAGCGAUAUUCCGCUCGGCGAAUGGUACCCGUUUUUCAUGCAGUGGCAGGUCCCCACCACCGUCGCAAUUCUCUACACGGUGAUGGCAUUCUACUUUAACCCAAAGUCGAACAAGCUGUCAAACACAGAGGCUAAGCGUCUGAACCUCAAGGUCGCAGGAACCUCCGCCAAAAAGGCGAUUUUCACCCCCAUGAACAUGUUUGUUUUCGCGCACAACGCCAUUCUCGCUGUAUACUCGGCCUGGGCAUUCAUGGGCGUGUUCCCCACAUUCAUCAACGACAUCUCAACUAAGGGCCUGCGCAACGGACUCUGCGACUUUGACGGUACUCGCUGGAACUCGGUUCUGUUUAUGCACACCUACCUGUUCUACCUGUCCAAGUUCUACGAGCUGAUUGACUCUGUCAUUAUCAUUCUCAAGGGACGCAAGGCGUCAGUGCUGCAGAUUUACCACCACGCGGGCGUAAUUAUGGUCAUGUACUUUGCCAACUACUACUGCUCGUCGGCCAGCGUCUUUAUCGUUUGGGAGAAUGCCGGCGUGCACACCAUCAUGUACACCUACUAUGCCCUGACGGUCAUUGGCAUCAGCCCACCGGGCAAACAGUAUUUGACCUCGCUGCAGAUCUUCCAAUUCCUGUUUGGUCAGUCCGUUGCUGUUAUGUAUAUGUUGAUUCCCGGCUGCGAGACUGCCUCUCAGCGCACUUGGGUGUGGAUUCUGACCGCAUACCUGCUUCCUCUGAUUUACCUGUUUGUUCAGUUCUUUGUGUCGACUUACAAAAAGCCUGUUGCGCCCAAGCAAAAGAAGGCCGAAUAAAGACACUUUCGAACCUUACAUUUAAAUAAUAAUAUUUUUUUUUAUAUUUUCCUCAUCCUAUUACAUUUAAUAACAGUGAAGUGGCACCCUUUCGUCUAUUUCUCUGCCCCUCCCCACUGCCUGAUCACGCACGCAAACCAACCCCUAUUAAUGCCGUCCCUAUUUUGG